AUGGGAGACUGCUUGUGCAUAGGGAUCGAUUUCGGCACCACGUUCUCAGGCGUAGCAUGGGCAUUCUCCCGGCGUCCAGAAGACAUCAGAAUUGUCACCCGCUGGCGCGCCGACCUCGCCCAUAACGUCGACGAUGCCAAAGCGCCCACCGAGCUGGUCUACGGGGCUGGUAAAUUGCUCCUGAGUUGGGGAUACGAUAUCAACUCGAAUCAGACUCCUAUCCGCUGGUUCAAGCUACUUCUCGCAGACCAGAGAGACUUGGAUGCUGAAGUACAGAAUUCCCCUCAGCUCAAGCAGGCCAGAGAGAUGCUCAGCGUGCGGAACAUCAGCGCCGUUGAUGCAGCGGCUGACUAUCUGCGAGAGCUGUGGAAGCAUACGAUUGCGGAAAUGGAACGCGAGUUUGGGAAACAGGCGGUCAAAGGUCUGCCGUUCAAGGUCGCGGUCACCUUUCCAGCCAUCUGGAAGCUUGAUGCGCGGCGGAGGACCGAAGAGGCCGUACGUAAGGCUGGCAUCCUGGAUCCCCGGCUGUGCGGUGCCACCACUCUGGUGCUUGUUCCUGAACCUGAGGCGGCUGCGUUGGCGACGUUGGCGGAGUUCAAAGGGAGGCCAGGCGUCCGGCCUGGAGAUGUUUUUGUGGUUUGCGAUGCAGGUGGUGGGACUGUGGAUCUCACCAGCUACAAAGUGCAGAUGACGGAUCCAGCAGUAGACGUGAAGGAAGCUGUGGAGCCAGACGGGAAAAUGUGCGGUGCUAUUUUUGUGGAUCAAGAAUUCCAGAACUUCCUCCGGGGCACACUCUCUCCAAGGCGGUACGAUAAGAUGACACCGACUCAGCUCAAGAAAGUCAUGAAUGACGAAUGGGAGCACGGCGUCAAACGUGGUUUUGAUGAUUCAGAAAGGGAGUGGGAGGUGCGGCUUCCGGCAGAUGCAGUCAAGGGUGGACUCUUUGCGGGAAGGCGUGAGAGGGAGAGUCGAGCUGGAUUGAAAUUAGGCAGGGGCCACGUCCGAGGGAUCUUUCAGCCAGUAAUGAAUCAAAUUCGCGGUCUCGUGAAGAAACAAGUUGAUGAAAUCCGGAACAAGGAGGGCAAGAAGCCCAAGUGCAUCAUGCUUGUUGGCGGGUUUGGACGAUGCUCAUAUUUGUACAAAGUGUUUCGUACUGAGUAUAGUAACCAAGACAUCGAGAUCUUGCAGUCCAGUGGUAACAACCCAUGGACGGCGAUUUGUCGGGGCGCCGUCAUAAAGGCGAUGAGUUCAAGCGGUCAAUCUGGCCCCGUCACCAUCACCUCCCGAAUUUCAAAAUGCAACUAUGGGCUAGCUUGCUAUGAGCCAUAUAGGGACGGCUACCAUAACUCGGUUGACAAAAUCUUUCUUCACACCGAAGGUGGGUAUUUUGCCGACAAUCAAAUGCGGUGGUAUUUGCGGAGAGGCAUGGACAUCGAAACUCAGCAACCCCUUCGCUUCAGCUUCUAUAAUCUCUAUCGAUAUGCAUCAGAGAUGCCGCAGAAUCAGCUUCCUGUUUCUAUUCUAUACUCAGAGACCCGGAGCGCUACGAAUCGUAAGGAGACCGAGGUGUCAUGCCUCUGUGAGAUCAGAAUACGGCUAGAGACGCCGUUUGAUACGCUGCCACUUUUCUUCAACAAGCAAGGAAUUGAGUAUAGAAAGAUGAUUUAUGAGGUCGAGAUGACAAGUCAGGACGGGCUGCUGAAAUUUAGUGCGUAUAUCAAUGGCCGGCGGCAGGGCGAGCAGAAUGUUGAAGUUAAGUAUGAGUAGAAGGGUGGCCAUGGACUGUUUAACUAGGCGGCCAAAUGCGAUGACGAAAAUAAGAUGCU